AUGAAGAAUCUUUACAAGAAAGGCAAAAUCCACCCAACUCCACAGCUCCCGCCGUCGUCGCCGUCAUCAUCAAACACCGGCGAUCACUAUUUGUCUGUGCUUCCCGCUGCAAUUCUCACCCUCGCCGUCGGUCUCUCCCCGGAAGACAAACAAGUCUUGGCGUACCUUAUCUCAUGCUGUGGCACCAUCUCCACCUCCUCUUCUACCUCAUCCAGUCACCGGAAGAAAAUUCGAAAUAACAGUAGGUUAUCCGCCGGCGGCGCUGAUGAUCACAGCCCUAUGUUUCAGUGCUGUUGCUUCAGGUGUUACAUGAGCUUUUGGGCACGUUGGGAUGCUUCACCUAACCGGCAAGUCAUCCAUGAUAUAAUCGAAACUUAUGAGGAAGGAUUGCUGCCUGAGGGGAGCAAGAAAAGGACUACGAAGAGGAGCAGGAAGAAGAGAGAGAAGCGAGUUUCUGAGUUGAAGGGUGAACGCGAUCAUCAUCAGAGUUCUUCUCGGGGUGAGUUGGUGAAGGACGAGUUGGGUGAGUCAGAAUCGGUUGAACUGAGUCAUGAUUAUGAUGAUCAUGAUGACGAUCUUGAAGCUGAAACAUCGGAGAAAGAUUCCGUGAGGAACAUUAUGAGUUUUCUAGGCGAGAAGCUUUGGAGUAUUUGGGCUUGA